GGAGAGGAAAAACCAUUUCACGAAUGAUCUGGAUCAAAUCUAAAUGUUCUAAAGAUCUCGACACUGCGAUGAUCGCGAUAGACAAGCCAAUCAAUGCCACUCGCUGAGCUAAAAACACGACCUUGUUCCAAAAUCCAUAUGCCACUACUAUCACCUCCCCGUCCUUCUUUCACAACUACAGGGAAACUAGAGUGGUAGAAUACUUUUUGGUAUUCUGCUUCUAUUGUCUGUACCUGGGUACAUACAAAUCAUUGAACCUGAAUCAGUACUUCAAACCCUCCACAAACCACACACAAAAUGGCCACUGCGCGCCCGACUGUGUCCGUCUACCUGGCGGAGAAGCCCGGUGAGACCGCGAAGAAGGCCAUCUGCCUGCCGCAGGUGUUCUCCGCCCCGUUGCGCCCGGACAUCGUCCGCGUCGUCCACACCAACAUGAACAAGAACAAGCGUCAGGCUUGCGCCGUCAAGAACGAAGCUGGUUACGACACCGCCGCCAUCUCCUGGGGAACUGGUCGCGCCAUGGCCCGUAUCCCGCGUGUCCCGGGUGGCGGUACCCACCGAUCCGGACAGGGUAAGAAGAAGAUGUUUUGCUUGCUUUGCAUAGCUACAGAGAUGUGGUUGUUGUGUUUCUAAAUUCCGCGUGACAGGCUUUUGAUUAUAAGCAACGGUUUUUGCAUGACACCGAAUUUCAAUUUCUAUUGCGAAUGUCGCACCAACAUCUAUGUCGUUCUGUCUUGCUGAUCUCGCUUUAUCUAAAUCUAAAUCCUAUAACACUAUCAGGUGCUUUCGGUAACAUGUGCCGUGGUGGUGGUAUGUUCAACCCGACCAAGACUUGGCGCAAGUGGCACCGCAAGACCAACGUGACCCAGAAGCGUCACGCUCUGGCCACCGCUAUCGCUGCCACCGCCGUCCCGGCCCUGGUCAUGGCCCGCGGUCACCGCAUCGAGGAGGUAUAGAGAUUUUCCUUAGCACGUCACAUUACUCAUGCGUUUCUAAAUCUAAACCUGCUUCUAGACGGAAGCUCGAUGUCCAGUCCUCGCGCUCUACUUGAUAUCUGUCAUGUGUAAAUGGCCAUCCAUUUUUUCACUAUCCUCAGGUCCCGGAAAUGCCGUUGGUUGUCUCCGAUGAGGCUAACAAGAUUGAGAAGACCAAGUCCGCCGUCGCUUUGCUGAAGGAACUCGGCUGCACUGCCGACCUCGACAAGGUCGUGGAUUCAAAGAAGAUCCGUGCCGGACGCGGAAAGGCCCGCAACCGUCGCUACGUCAUGCGCAAGGGACCGCUGGUCGUCCACAACAUGUCCAAGGAGGCCAUGACCACUGGUAUUUCUGCUUUUGAUUGUGCUGUCUUCACGCGUGGUUCUUCGCGUAUGAGUGAUUUUUGCUGGAAUUUUCUGGUGCUUCUGAGAGUUGUCACGGGAGCCUGGUGCUGUCGAGAGAUUUAUCGGAAAUGAUCCCACUGUGUCCUUAUGAUGACACAAACUUUGGGAUCAACCAUCUGAUUCUGAAGCAUGGUGUCCUCUCGCGAGGAUGCCGCGUUUUAGCAAUCUGUGAUUGAUUCUAAACUUUUGACAAGCAUAUGUCUGAUUCUGUAAUAAUAAACCGUCUGUCAUACCGUUCUCUUCGCUAUGAUGACACUUUACGGAUCAACCAUCGGACCUUGCGUCAGCUUUGGGUGAAUCUUUAAAUCAUGACAAGCAUAUGUCUGAACUUCUCUUCUUGCCAUCCAGCAUGACAAAGACGUCGUUGUAUGUCGUAAACCGCAAGACAAAUUUAGAACUUCAACCCCAUAAUCCUCGUUUCUAUCCACACAAAAACCACAGGUUCUUCCCUCGUCAAAUCCUUCCGCAACAUCCCGGGUGUUGAGGUCUGCCACGUCGAUCGCCUGAACCUUCUCCAGAUGGCCCCGGGUGGCGCCUUCGGCCGCUUCGUCAUCUACACUGAGUCCGCGGUGAAGCGCCUCGGUGAGCUGUUCGGCACCUACAAGGGUGGUUCCACCUUGAAGAAGGGCUACACGUUGCCCCGCGCCAUGAUGACCAACGCCGAUAUCGCCCGUAUCAUCAACAGCAACGAGAUCCAGUCGGUGUUGACCCCGCGCAAGGAACAGGCCAAGUACUUCCGCCAGCGCAAGAACCCGCUGAAGAACAAGUCCGUGUUGGGCCGGUUGUGUCCGUGGGCCGCCACCGCCAAGCGCGUCGCCAAGUUGGCGCACGUCAAGGGAUCCAAGGUAUUAAAAUUGAGAGCGGAUUUUUCAUUAGAGCUUGAAUGAAGAUGAUGGUGUUUUAGGAGUUUGUGUGAAAUUUAGGUUCUCGUUGUUAUCCUGCGGGAUCGAUGAUUGUGCAAUAGAAGAGUGAUCUGUCAUGCAAAAAACCUAUCAGGUCCAGAAGUCCAUCGCCGCCAAGAAGGAGAAGGCUUCCGCCAAGAAGGCUUCCCUGAAGGCGUCUUCCCGCGCCUACUACAAGGAAUUGUUGGCUGCUUACAAGCCGGCCGUGGUCGAGACCGAGGCUGCCGAAGAGGCUUAAGUGGAGUACUCAGAUGGAACGGAAACUGGAAAUUAGCUGAUAGUUUGUUCUAUCGGUUGAUAGUACGGGAAGAAGAGUCUGAUGAGAUUUCUACUGUAUGUAUCGGAGAAAGUAGCGAAAUGAUUUCCAAACUUGACAUGGAUUUGUCAGUUUUGCGAAAGAAUAGCUGCUGCGGACAAUUCAAAGCUGUGGUUCUUUGACGAUCACCGAUGACGAACAUUGACUAUAUGGAGGACACAUUUGAUUCAUGAUUUGUAUUCAGGUUACGUACUGAAGGUACUAGAAGACAAUAAAAAAAAGGGAGUGCUGCAGCUGUAGUAGAGUG